CUGCCUCCAUCAGCACCGGUGUCCAUGGCGAUGAGCUGGAGACGGCGCCUGCGCAGUUGAUCCCGCUCCAAAGCUGCAGCCGGCAUCACACCCGAGUGGAAUGGAAGACGAGGACAAGAAAGAAAACGAGGGGUACGUCGGGGAGAUAAAAGGAGGCAUGAGGCCUGCAAUGAAACUGGUCAUCAUGGGAAUUGUCAACAAGAAGCCGAAGAGCAUUGAGGUGUCUCUGUCCUCGAAGCCUCAGGAGGAGGAGGACGGUGGGGAUGUGGGUCUGCAGAUGAAAGUCAGCUUUGCGGACAAGGCUGUCCACCGGAACGCCCGUUUGUCCGGGCAGUGGGGUCAAUGUGAGAACACCAUGUCCUUCUUCCCUUUUGCUCCUGGAGAACCUUUUAAGAUGGAGAUCGUCUGUGAACACCAGCAGUUUCGUGUCUUGGUGGACGGUCAGCCUCUGUGUGGUUUCACCCACCGGCUCUCCCUGCUUUCCUCCCUCACAUCCCUCCGGAUCCUCGGGGACCUGCAGCUCACCAAGGUGGCCUAA